AUGACAGUCACUACUAGCGUGAAAACAGUGCUGGAGACACUUCCGUGCACUCUGCCCACAGAGAAGAUCCCAGACGAUGUCGAUCCCGCGGCCAUUGCGACCACGUUCGCCCAGCGCAUCAACGACCUGAGUCUCGAGGACUUUACCUCUGAUGCUCUCUGGCGUGAUACGUUUGCCCUGACAGGUUCGCUGCGGACCUUCUAUUCCGCUGUCUCGAUUAUCCCCGUGUGGAGGAAGCUCUGCCAUUCGCGAGGGGCGACAGCGUUUGCCCUACUCCCAGGGACCGCUCACGUCCGUCGAACCGGUCCGGAGGUGUGCUGGCUCGAUGUGUCGUUCACUUUUGAGACAGAGAAUGAGCCCGCAACUUCCUGCUACGGGUUUCUGUCUUUGGUCCCCGACCCUGACCAGAGUGGCAAUUGGAAGAUCUGGUUGCUUCGUACGGUGCUCGAGCAGUUGCAGGGGAAUCACGGCAAUGUCGAUCAGCUUGCUCCAGUGAUGUCUGAUUCAGCCAAGCUGAAUGGAUUUCCCAAGGCCGUGGAUGGAGAGCAACAUUUUGACUGCGUGGUUGUUGGCGCAGGACAGGCCGGGCUGAGUACGGCCGGCCGUCUCCAGGCAUUGGGGGUGUCCUACGUCCUUAUCGAGCGAAAUGACCAAGUGGGAGAUAACUGGCUGCUUCGAUACGACUCGGUUAAACUUCACACAACGAGGGAAUAUGCCCAUCUCCCUUUCGAUCGAACCUUUACGCCGGAUUACCCCGAAUGGUUAACCAAGCAUGAUCUCGCCAGGGGGUACAAGAAGUGGGUGGCGAAGUAUGGGAUUAACGUAUGGCUGUCUACCAACUUGGAAUCCGGCGUCUGGGACGAGUCAAGAAAGCAGUGGAUUCUCAAUCUCCGAAAGCGACACGCCAAUGGUGACUGUCUGCAGUCAAUUUCAUGUUCACAUGUAGUCAUGGCCGUUGGGGGAGGGUGUCAAGUGCCCAUUAUGCCUUCUUACCCUGGACGGGAGAAAUUCAAAGGCGUCGUUCUGCAUUCUGCAGACUACAAGAAUCCAUUCAGCUGGAGAGGCAAGCAUGGCGUCGUGAUUGGGACGGCGAAUACUGGCCAUGAUGUGGCUGACGACAUGGUCGAAGCCGGCCUGGAGUCUGUCACGAUGGUGCAGCGGGGACGAACAUACGUGGUUCCACAGGAAGCAUACAAAAAGGGAGCCGAUGCAUUAUACAACGCCAAAAUCCCCUCCGACGUCGCCGAUCGAAUCGCCUACUCCAGCCCCCUCGUUGUGAGCCGUCAGAUCGGCCUACUCCAUUCGCGAUACCUGGCUGCUGCCGAGCCGGAGCGGUUCGAUGCCCUCGAACGGGUCGGAUUCCGAGUCGAUCGAUACGGCGAGGUCGUCUACCAGCUACACGAGAAGUUUGGCGGACAUUACAUGGACGUUGGGACCUCGCGGAAGAUUGCGGAUGGAUUGAUCAAGAUAAAAUCCGACGCCCUCCCCGUGGCAUACACCGAAGACGGACUCGAAUUCAGCGACGGAAGCCACCUCAAAGCCGACGUGAUCGUCUUCGCGACCGGAUUUGCGGGUAACAUGCGCGAUGUGGUGCGCGAGAUCUUUGGCUCGGAGGUUGCCGACGUCGUGGAGGACUUUUGGGGGCUGAACAGCGAAGGCGAGUUGCGGGGGGCGUUUAAGCCAUCUGGACACCCCCGUCUCUGGUACAUGGGCGGCACCGUCGGCCACGCGAGGUAUUUCUCGCGCUUUGUGGCGCUGCAGAUCAAGGCUGCGGUGCUGGGAACUCCUCUUCCGAUCUUUGAGAGUCGGGGCAGUCAGUCGAUACUAUAG